GCACCGAGUUCCCCAGAGUCCUCCGGCCUGAAUUGGAAGUGGGCAGUACCCUGUAGACGGGAAUAAACACUGCACAGAUAUCUCUGACUGACUGAGGAGAAACCAAAUUUGGGGAAAAUGUUUGCGGUGCACUUGAUGGCAUUUUACUUCAGCAAGCUGAAGGAGGAUCAGAUCAAGAAGGUGGACAGGUUCCUGUACCACAUGCGGCUCUCCGAUGAGACCCUUUUGGACAUCAUGACCCGGUUCCAGACUGAAAUGCAGAGGGGCCUGGGAAAGGACAGCAACCCCACGGCCUCAGUGAAGAUGCUGCCCACCUUUGUCAGGGCCAUUCCAGACGGCUCUGAGAAUGGAGAGUUUCUUUCCCUGGAUCUUGGAGGAUCUAAGUUUCGAGUCUCAAAGGCACAAGUCUCUGAAGAGGGGAAACAACACGUGCAGAUGGAGAGUCAGUUCUACCCGACGCCCAACGAGAUCAUCCGAGGGAAUGGCUCGGAGCUGUUUGAAUACGUGGCUGACUGUCUGGCAGAUUUCAUGAAGACCAAAGGGCUGAAGCAUAAGAAGUUGCCCCUUGGCCUAACCUUUUCUUUUCCCUGCAGACAGACUAAACUGGAAGAGGGCAUCCUGCUUUCCUGGACCAAGAAGUUCAAGGCCCGGGGAGUUCAGGGCACAGACGUAGUGAGCUGUCUAAACAAAGCCCUGAAAAGUCACCAGGACCUCGAUGUGGACAUCCUGGCCUUGGUCAAUGACACCGUGGGCACCAUGAUGACCUGUGCCUAUGACGAUCCCUUCUGUGAAGUUGGUGUCAUCAUUGGCACUGGCACCAACGCGUGUUACAUGGAGGACAUGAGCCACAUUGACCUGGUGGAGGGCGACGAGGGCAGGAUGUGCAUCAACACUGAGUGGGGGGCCUUUGGGGACGAUGGGGCCCUGGAAGACAUCCGCACUGAGUUUGACCGCGACCUGGACUUCGGCUCUCUCAACCCAGGGAAGCAACUGUUUGAGAAGAUGAUCAGCGGCCUGUACCUAGGCGAACUCGUCAGGCUCAUCUUGCUGAAGAUGGCCAAGGCAGGCCUUCUGUUCGGCGGCAAGAAAUCCUCCAGCCUCCACACCAAGGGCGCGAUUGAGACCCGGCACGUGGCUGCCAUGGAGAAGUAUAAAGAAGGCCUUGCCAAUACAAGGGAGAUCCUCACGGAUCUGGGCCUGGAGCCUUCAGAGGCCGACUGUGUUGCGGUCCAGCACGUCUGCACCAUCGUCUCCUUCCGGUCAGCCAAUCUCUGCGCGGCGGCCCUCGCAGCCAUCCUGACACGCCUCCGGGAGAAUAAGAAGCUGGUGCGGCUCCGGACCACGGUGGGCGUGGAUGGCACACUCUACAAGAUACACCCUCAAUACCCAAAACGUCUGCACAAGGUGGUGAGGAGACUGGUCCCGAACUGUGACGUCCGCUUCCUCCUGUCACAGAGUGGUAGCACCAUGGGGGCAGCCAUGGUGACAGCGGUGGCCUCCCGGGUGCAGGCCCAGCGGAAGCAGAUUGACAAAGUGCUGGCUUUGUUCCAGCUGACCCGAGAGCAACUUGUGGGUAUGCAGGACAAGAUGCGGGCGGAGCUCGAGUACGGGCUGAAGAGGGAUACCCACCUGCUGGCCACAGUCAAGAUGCUGCCCACCUACGUCUGCGGGAUGCCGGAUGGCACAGAGAAAGGAAAGUUCCUCGCCCUGGAUCUGGGGGGAACCAACUUCCGGGUCCUGCUGGUGAAGAUCCGAAGUGGACGAAGGUCAGUGCGAAUGUACCACAAGAUCUUCGCCAUCCCCCUGGAGAUCAUGCAGGGCACCGGCGAGGAGCUGUUCGACCACAUCGUGCAGUGCAUCGCCGACUUUCUGGAUUACAUGGGCCUCAAGGGAGCCCAGCUGCCCCUGGGCUUCACGUUCUCGUUUCCCUGCAGGCAGACGAGCAUCGACAAGGCAACACUCAUUGAGUGGACCAAGGGCUUUAAGGCUACUGACUGUGAAGGAGAAGACAUGGUGGACAUGCUCAGGGAAGCCAUCAAGAGGAGAAACGAGUUUGACUUAGACAUAGUUGCAGUUGUGAAUGACACAGUGGGGACCAUGAUGACCUGUGGCUAUGAAGAUCCCAACUGUGAGAUUGGCCUGAUUGCAGGAACGGGCAGCAAUGUGUGCUACAUGGAGGAGAUGAGGAACAUAGAGAUGGUGGAAGGGGACCAAGGGAAGAUGUGCAUUAACACAGAGUGGGGAGGAUUUGGAGAUAAUGGCUGCAUAGACGACAUCCGGACCCAAUAUGACAAGGAGGUGGAUGAGGGGUCCUUAAAUCCUGGCAAACAGAGAUACGAGAAAAUGACCAGUGGGAUGUACCUGGGGGAGAUUGUGCGGCAGAUCCUGAUUGACCUGACGAAGCAGGGCCUCCUCUUCCGUGGGCAGAUUUCAGAGCGUCUCCGGACCAGGGGCAUCUUUGAAACCAAGUUCCUGUCUCAGAUUGAAAGCGACCGGCUGGCCCUGCUCCAGGUGAGGAGGAUCCUGCAGCAGCUCGGCUUGGAUAGCACAUGCGAGGACAGCAUCGUGGUGAAGGAGGUGUGUGGAGCUGUGUCCCGUCGGGCUGCCCAGCUCUGUGGCGCGGGCAUGGCCGCCAUCGUGGAGAAAAGGAGGAAAGACCAGGGGCUUGAGCGCCUGAAGAUCACUGUGGGCGUGGAUGGCACCCUGUACAAACUGCACCCUCACUUUUCUACAAUACUGCAGGAAACUGUGAAGGACCUGGCCCCUCGGUGUGACGUGACGUUCCUGCUUUCCGAAGAUGGCAGCGGGAAGGGAGCAGCUCUGAUCACCGCUGUGGCCAAGAGGUUACAGCAGGCACAGGACAACUAGGAAGCCCUUCUGGUCCCCGAUGUGCCUCGGGUUCUGACCAACCUUCCCUCCAGCAGAUGAGUGGGUCCAGGACCAACAGGCAGGCUUCUGGCCGACUUCGCCUUCUGGGUGGCCGGAAGAGAACCCCAAGUUCUUGAGUAUUCUUAGCUUUUUGUUUCUGGUUUUCAAGGGCAGUACAUGGUAUCUCUAUUUGGUAUAUUUGGGCUCAAGAUGAGCCAGCUUGUAAAAUCAAAGCAUGUGGCUUGAGGCAUCAUCCCCUUUCAGUAAAUCUCUCAGUUGAGAGCUGACCUGUCAGUUCUCCAUGGCUUUGGGUCUUGUGGCCCCUGCACUUGGCAGCCUGUGCCAUCUGCCCCUGUGGCCCGGCUGGCUGAGCGCCCGCGGCUGUGCUUCGGCCUUUGCUGUAGCACACUGGGCCCUCUACCUGUCACGUUGCACACUCGAUAGGGCUGGGGACUUACGUCGUCAGCUGGAGAUUAAUCUAACUUGUCCUUAACUUGUUGUGUUGACUCCAAAGACUGGAAUAUCCAGGAUGCGGAGGGCUGGACUGCCGGGGAGCCUGUGGGAAGCUGGCGUUGCUCACAGGGAGCAGUGUCGGCACCCUGUGGGACUUUUUCUCAAUAUGUGUGUGUCAUUGGGGGGGGACGUCUUUGGGGCACCUGUUUUUCAUUUUACAGGUGGUUUGUGCUGCUAUUGUUGAUACUAGUUUUAAGGACUGUUGGGUAUAGGAAAUCCAGUAAAUUAAUAAAAAGUAUUUUACUUCCUAAGAA